AUGCGGCGGCGGCACGCAGCGGCGCUGCUCGGCGCGGGCGUCCUCGCGCUGGGCCUCGUCCUGGUGGCGCGGGCGCAGCCGUACGACUACCCGACGGCGAGGCCGUCCACGGCGUGGGCCAACACCGACGCCGCGCUGCAGCACCAUGUGGCCUACACCGACGGCUCCGUGGCGCGCGCCGCGCUGCUGCGGCUCAACCCGGCGCGGUUCGGCCCUUCCUUCGCGUUCGGCUUCUUCUGCAUCAACCACCGCGGCGGCGGCGGUGGCGGUGGCGCGCCGUGCGCCGGCUUCCUCCUCGGCGUCGCCGUCGUGUACUGCAACAGCGGCGCCGGGAUCACCGUGGUCACCAACGGCGUCCCGCAGGUUGUGUGGUCAGCCAACCGAGCCAGCCCCGUCGGGGAGGGCGCCACGGCGGAGCUCACGGCGGAUGGCGACCUGGUCCUCAAGUCGCCUCGUGGCGCGGUGGUGUGGUCGGCGGGGACCGCGGGGCGCGGCGUCGCCGGGAUGAGCAUCAACAGCGACGGCAACCUGGUGAUGGUCGACGGAAGCAACAGGACGGUGUGGCAGUCGUUCGACCACCCCACGGACACGCUCGUCGUAGGCCAGUCGCUGAGGCAGGGCGCGCGGCUCACCGCCAACACGUCGUUCGACAACUGGUCGGGGAGCAGGAUAUACCUCACCGUCGCCGCCGACGGCCUCGCCGCCUACGUCACCGCCAAGCCACCGCAGCGGUACUACGUCCUUGGCUACAACAAGAACGCCGCCGCCUACGCGAUGUACAACAACGGCAGCCUCACGGUGCUCGACCGCCCCGGCGGCCAGCCACUGACCACCGUCCAGCUCCCCGCCGUCGGCGCCGGCACGGUGCAGUACAUGCGGCUGGAGUACGACGGCCACCUCCGUCUGUACGAGUGGCGUUCGAACGGGAUGAAAUGGGAGGCCGUCGCCGACGUGCUCCACCCCUACCCCGACGACUGCGCCUACCCGACGGUGUGCGGCGCGUACGGCGUGUGCACGGACAUGCAGUGCAGCUGCCCCGACGCCGCCAACUUCCGAGCGAUCGACUUCCGGCGGCCCAACCGCGGCUGCGUCCCGACGGCGCCGCCGCCGACAUGCCGGUCGCCGCCGCCGCCGCGGCGCGCGCGGGCACCCCGGCUGCUGUCGCUGCGCGACAUGGCCUACUUCAACAGCCGCGACACCAGCAUGCGGACGCUGGAGCGGGUGAACGAGGAGGCUUGCAAGAAGGCGUGCCUGGGCGACUGCGCGUGCAUGGCGGCGCAGUUCGUCUACGGCUUCGACCCCAACGACGGCUACUGCUACCUGCAAUCGGAGGUGCUGUCGCUGGAGACGAUGCGGCCGGAGAUCUUCCACUACAACUCCACCAUGCACAUCAAGAUUGCUCAGGGCAAGUCACCCAGACGACUAUUCUGA